AUGAAACUUUCACUCACGUCACUCGCACCGGUUGCUGCUCUCAUAUCGUGCGCUAUUGCCGCAGAUCAAUCAGAUGUUCAGUUUUUGACCGCUUUAGUUGGGGACUACCAAGAUCACAAGACAGAUUAUAUAAGGUUCUUUGGAACUGCCAAUGAUGUUCCUGGAGCCUUGUCAACUUUGGCUACACAAGUGUUGACAUACACCGACACUUCCUACACAACUUUGCUCGACAAUAACCAAUUAAACAUAGGCCAGUUGGAAAGUUAUGCAUCCAACAUUCCUUGGUACACGAGGAUAGAAGCUGCCGCUGGUGGUAGUGGUGGUAAUAGUGGUGGUAGUGGAGGCUCAAGCGGAUCAGGUGGAUCAGGAUCCUCAAGUGAAAGCAGUGGAAGUGGGGGAAGCACCUCCCAGUCAAAAGGAAGUACUGCUUCAGAGACAGGAUCGGCUCCUCCAAACUUUUCACAACCAUCAGUUGCUUCAACCACGUCAUACGAUCCUCAAAACUCGGCAGACUCAUCCAAAGCAGCUGUUGCCGCAGCUAAAUCAGCUUCAAGAGAAGAAGCAGCAACUCAAUCAGGAUUGGCACCUGGCGUAGCCGCUCCAGUUGGUGCAGUGAUUGGAGGAUUAGUCAUUGCUCUUCUUUAG